GUUUAUGAUACCAAAUGCAUUUACAUAUUUUUUAUCCUUUUACCAACAUUGUUAUUGUUUUUCACAUGUCUAUUUAAAAGGGGGCAGUGGACAAAGGAAAACAACAUCUCUGGCCCAGGAUUCCCAGGGCUACACAGCAAACAUAUUGAAGACGUCCUCUAACAAUGGGAAGAAUGUCAUCUACAUCGUCCCCCUCCAAGAAGAAAUCGAUAUAACCUCGUUGCCAUAUAAUGCACCUGAAUUUCAUAACAUGCCCAAAAACAUCUGCAUGACAUGUGGUAUAUCAGUCCCAUUACAGUUGCUGCCAUGUCACCUUGAGGAUUGUCAAAGUAAUAAUGCGAUAGAAUCUGAAUCUGACAAGGAAAAAGAAAAUGAAGAGGCCCAUGGACUGAGCCAUGAGUCAGAUGUAAUUUGUCUGGAUGCCUGUCCAAUAUGUGGAGAAGAAUUUUCUGCAGAAGUGAUGCCUUACCAUGCCAGUACAUGUGGAGAAAGUUUCCCUGAGAUUUUCCCCUCGAUUAUGGAUGGAAAUUCUGUUGAUGAAACUGCCUCAUUACCGUCCCAAACCAGUACCAGACUACAAAGCACUACUUUCCAACUUGAUCCUGAUCAUUUAACACCUGGGCCAUCAGUUUCAGCUGAAAGUGCACCUUCAAUGUGUGAUGAUUGGAAGAGGAUUGAGCUUCCAGAAAGGGCAGCUAUACAGUACAGGCAGUGUACACUUCGACAAAAAGAAGACGAGCCCCCACUGAAAGUAAGAAUUGAUAUUAGAGAAGACAUGGAGGACCAGGAGGGGAGAAUAAUAAAUUUUUACAAGGUCCCCAAAAUUGAUUGGACUAGACCUCUUCAAUGCCGAUUGGAAGGGGAUGUUGCCACUGGGGAUGGUGUUCAGCGCCAUUUUUUCAGCAUGGUGAUGCACGAGCUGCAGAAUGGAUUCCUCUUUAAUGUCGGAAAUGGAAACGGAACUGCAUUAUUUGAAGGGAAAGCUGACCACCUUAUCCCAUCUACUUCCCAAGUCCUUUUGCAGAGUGACUUGUUUGUGAUGGCAGGCAGGAUUAUUGGUCAUUCUUUCCUCCAUGGUGGGCCUUCAUUAGCAGGUGUGAGCCCAGCAAUUGUACAUGUAUUAUUAGGUGGCUCCCCACAAACAGCAACCAUCACAAUUGAAGAUGUGGCUGACAUCGACAUUAGGGAGACAAUACAGAUGCUUGCUGUAGGUGAUUCAAACAAUGAUUUAAGUGAGGAUCAAAAGGCAGCCAUUAACACACUAGCAAUGUCUUGGGACCUUCCAGUGUUGACUAUAACCAACCGCACUUGGCUGUUACACAAUCUUCUUCAGCAUGCAGUGCUGACAAGAACCUGGCGACAAGUAAAACAACUCAGACAAGGACUGAAGGAGUCAAUGGUAUGGCAGUUAUUGGAGUGCAUCUGUGAUAUUUCCAAGACAGUCAAUGGCUGACUGCAGUACACAGGUUCUCUUAAACAACAUCAUCUGGCCCAUGGAAGAUGAAGAGGGGGACAAUGAACCCCCAUUUACCACCCAGUGCAGAAUUUCAGGGUACCUUAGGAAGUUUGUGGAGACUGCUGAUCAAUGUAAAUUGAAACAGCUUGUCAAAUUCUGGGUGGGCUGGGAGCUACCAAUGAAGGAAAUGCAGGUGAAAGUGGUGCAGGCAGAAAACCCUACAUCCUCCACCUGUUUUUGCAUUCUUCGUCUACCAGCUCAUUACACGACUUAUGUCCAUUUCAAAAAACACCUAGAAAGCUGUAUUGCCACUAAUGAUGUUGGUUUUGGCCUUGUAUAAAAUUACAUAAACUGAUUUCAAUUGAAAAUAUCAAAGUGAAACGGUAAUUUCAGCCAUUUUCAUGUUUGUUUUACUGUAAAUGUCAAAAUAGGUAAAAGGAACCGUUUUAGAAUGUUUAGCUGUUGCAGUGUUUUACUUAUUAUGAUGCUUUUGUGUAAUUAAAUAACCCAGACUGUUUAUAUUAAUGUGUUCAAAUAAUACUGUUAAUUGUUAAAUUAACAUUUAAACUUUUUUUUGAGACAGCUACAGUUUUAGUAAGACAAAAGUC